AGUGUGGAGGAUUAAGGCUGGAGAGGCACACUCGACUACCCGCUGGUGCCGCUCGGCUCUCUCACAGGCCCCCAACAUACAGGAGCCUUUCACAGGGUGGCCAUUCUUACUGCCUGACUUAUGCCCACGAUUCCAUUUCCCUGACAUCCGCACAGCAUCCAGCAGCCCCCGUAAAACCGCCUCGCCAUCCGUCUGCGGCGUCUCUCUUAUUAAAUCUAAUCAGGAUGACACCUCUCACCUUUUUCAUCCCCGCUUUGUGCUACAGUUUUAUUUCUCCGGCGAGGUCGACCUGUGUGUUUACAUUAGCGCGGUGCCUCCUCCCCGCCGAGGUAUUGAUGUGGCAUUAAGGGGCCUGAGACUGAAGGAGCGAAAAGAAAGAGAGACGGACGAAGAAGAUGAGUUUUCAGAGUUCUUCACAGAGACCAGAGUCCAGCCAGGACGACAGUUUGUUCCCCUCUGA